AUGGGUUUUCUUCAAAGCUCGGGUAUCAGAAGUAGGAGACACGUUCCGUCCAUUUCGAGGUUGUUCCUCUUGCUCUGGCUGCUCCUCGUCCCGACCUACUCUGGUGUACCCUCCAAAGCCGUAGAUGAGAGGAACGUGUUCAAAGUGGGCGUGAUUCUUGAUUUGGACUCACAUCUCGGCAACCAAAUGCGUAUGGCGAUCGAGAUAGCAUGCCAAGACGUGAACGGCAUCUCGUCAUCAGGAAUUCAUUACAUAAAGCCGCAUUACAUAAAUUCCCACGCGAAGUCCCUUCGUGCAAUUUCAGCCGCUGAAAAGCUGAUCAAAAGGAAGAAUGUGCAAGUUAUUAUUGGCUUGGAGACAUGGGAGGGAGCAACUUUAGUAGCUGAAAUCGCUAAUCAAUCUCAGAUACCAGUCAUAUCCCUUGCCAGAGACCAUGUAGCACCGACAUUGAUGGCACAAACUCUAUGGCCUUCACUGUUUCGAAUGAGUACCGAUGAAUCCGACCAAAUUAAAUGCAUCGUAGAUGUAGUUGGUUCUUAUAACAGGCAAAGAGUAACAAUAAUAUAUGAGGCAGGGGCGUACGAUACUAUGUACUCCAAGCUGUUAAAUUCAUUGUCAGAGGAGCUUGGAAAAAUCGGCUCAACAAUAGAGAACCAGCUGAUUCUUCAACCAUUCUCAUCUCCAGCCGGAGCAGAAGUGUCUUUGGAAGAAAAUUUAAUGAAGCUGAAAGGAAAGGCAUCUCCAAUCUUUAUUGUUUUAGGAUUGUCGUCACCCAGAAGCACUCAUUUUCUCGAAGAAGCAAAGAAGAUGGGACUCUUCUACGGAGAUUCAAUUUGGAUAUUUGCUGAAAAACCAUUCACCAAUCUCCUAACUUCAGUAGAUCAUUCACCAAUCUCCUCCCCUGUCGAAGAUGCGAUAGGAAUAAUCACCUACCGUCCCAAAAACCAGGCAUAUAGAGGAUUCAGAUCUAAAUUCUUGAAUAUGUUUCGCAAGUAUGGAGAGAAGUUCAAUUUUGAGCCAGCAAUCGAUGCUGUUCGAGCAUACGAUUGCAUUAUGACAGUUAAAAAUGCCAUAGAUGCAGGGCCGAGCCAUGAUAUAAUGCCUGAGAUUUUGCUUAAUAGAAUAUCGCACACCAGACUCAUGGGUUUGAGCGGGCCAAUACAAUUUGAGAAUGGUCAGUUGGCAUAUCGACCCAAACUUCAACUUGUGAGUGUUAAUGGAAAAGAAUAUAGAGAGCUUAAGCCUUGGUCCCCCAAUUUCGGUUUCUCGAGGAGUUUUGUGGCAAAACAAGGUUCGAGAAGGAAUGCAUAUGCAAUUGCAGACAUAUCCAAGACCCAAGAAGAACGGACUUCUGUUGAGAACAAGCCCAUGGUGAUCGGAGUUCCUGGUAAAACUUCCUUUGAUAAGCUGUUUCUCAUUUUCCCAAUCGUUUAG